GUUUAAACAGGCAGACAAAGCUGACCACAGGCUGAGAAGUAAAAAAUGUAUCAUUUCCUAUCUGCUUUACAGAUUGAAACCCUUGGCAGCAUGCAAUAUGUGUAUCAUUAUUAGAUGUAAAUAAUACAUUUAAAUACUGUUGUGAAAUUUAGAGGAAUAACAACUUAAAUUUUAAACAUUAGUAUAUAAUGUUUGCUCUCCAGUUACAAAAUAUUAAUGCAAUGCUUUAUAUUAAAGGCUUUAGUUUUUGGAUGGUGCUUCUAUUUUCUGUCACAGAAUAUGUCGGUACUGAAGAGAAAAAAAUUGCACAUGGUCAACUGAGAUCCGUGGUAUUUCUACAUCCAUCAACACCCAAAAAUUUGUCAGAGGCAACAUGGAAAAAAGAAAACAUACUGGUGGGGAAAUUUAAAAAUGGCAUCUCUCACCCUUCAUAUAAAUAUAAAAACAGGGCUGAGAUUUUCAGAAAUGGAACCCUCAAACUCAACUGCAUCGUAAAAGAAGAUUUUGGAGUUUAUUUCCUGGAGCUAUAUGACAAAACUGGAAAGAAUAUUUUCAAGGAUAAUAUCACACUGAAAAUAGGCCUUCAGACUUUUAUAAACAUAUCCUGUCCAAUCAGUGGGAAUGAUGAUGAAAAUACCACAAAGAGAGCUCGCGGUUUACUUUUCAUCUGGGUGGGAAUCCAUGUUACAGUUGUCAUAUUAUCAUACAUUAUUUUAAACCUGCGGAAGAAAUUGGGAAAAAAGAGAAAAGAAGGAAACAGAGAACUCCAUUUUCACUUGAACCAACCAAGAGAGGCUGAGGGUCAUGCACAUAGGCUGGAAGAUGCAGAAAAGAACAUCUAUGUUGAAAUGCAUGUGCCGAAAAAUGUGAUUAAAGACGACAAAGAGAAAGAUGUUAACUCAGCAUUAAAAGGUCUUCCUGAAUUUCACUCAUCUUUCUUCCAUGAGGCAAGACAUGAUUCAACAACAGAAGAAGAAGAUAUAUAUGUAUGAAAAUAUAAUGUUGUGAAUCAAUUGAACUCUUUAAUUUAUUUUAUUGUAAUACCACCUUUUCUUAUGAAAUAACCAAAAUCUUCUUCAUUUAUGUUCUUGUUAAUAUUAUAUAAUUCUACUUUUGGACACAGUCAGCAACAGCAUAUUGUUUACCAUUAUAGGCAUGAACAAAUACAGUACUUUUAAUGUGCAGAUUGGAAAUGUUGCUCUUACUAUUCAAUGCUCUUAAAAUCCACGGAUAGACCAUGUUUCAAUGUUAUAUCUGAAUAAAUCAGAUUUUUUUUCUCUUUU